AUGGAAAUCAACGGCUACGCUCUCGUGACCGGCGCCGGUUCCGGUCUCGGCAAAGGCUGCGCGCUCGCCUACGCGGCCGAAGGCGCCGCCGGUGUCGUCUUCGCCGACAUGAACCGGGCGGCCGCCGAAGCCGCCGCGCUCGAGAGCCGGGAGAUGGCCACGAAUGCCGGGUACAAGACGCUGGUGGUGCAGGUGGAUGUGACGAAGGAGGCGGAGGUGGAUUGCAUGGUGGAGGAGACGGUGAGGGAGUUUGGGAGGAUCGAUUACGCUUUCAACAGCGCCGGGAUCGGCGUCCAAGCCCCCGCCGAAAUCGCCGAAGCGUCCGUGAGCGAGUUUCAACGCUUCCUCGACGUCAACGUCUUCGGCAUGUUCCUCGCCACGCGCGCGCAGUCGGCCGCGAUGAAGAAGCAGGACCCGCGGCCGGUGAGCGGGAAGAACGCGAAGCGGGGCUCGACGAGGGGCGUCAUCGUCAACAUGGCCAGCUGUUCGAGUUUCGUGGCCACGCCGAUGCUGGGGCAGUAUACGACGAGCAAACAUGCGGUUUUGGGGCUGACGAAGAAUGCGGCCCUCGACAACGCCCGCUACCAAAUCCGCACCAACUGCCUCUGCCCCUCCUGGGUCGACACCCCCAUGGUCUCCCAAGCCGUCGCCGCGAACCCGGCCCUGCAGACGCUCAUGGAGGGCGCGGUGCCGAUGGGCCGGAUCGCGCAGGUGGACGAGAUCGCGGACGUGGUCAUGUUCCUGAGCAGCGGGCGGGCGAGCUACGUUACGGGGGCGAGCUGGAUCGUCGACGGUGGGACUACGCUGAGUGGGCACGUUUAG